AGCGAUCGAUCUCUGGGGCGGCCGCGAGUUACUGACGGCCGUGCAGGGGGGAGCCGGGGCGGGGCGGCCCAGCGAAGGAGCGAGCGGCGUGGCCCGGCCCCACCCCCGCCUGCUUUCCCGCCCUCUCUCCCGCCUGCCCUGGUGACCUUCACGGGCCGGGGCCGCGGCGCUGGCCCGGGUGGUGGCGAGAUGUUCGUGCAGGAGGAGAAGAUCUUUGCAGGUCAGGUGCUGCGGCUGCACAUCUGCGCGGCCGACGGCGCCGAGUGGCUGGAGGAGGCGACCGAGGACACGUCGGUGGGGAAGCUCAAGGAGCGCUGCCUCAAGCAUUGUGCUCACGGGAGCCUAGAAGACCCCAAAAACGUCACCCACCACAAGCUCAUCCACGCUGCUUCCGAGAGGGUGCUCAGUGACACCAGGACAAUAUUGGAGGAGAACGUGCAGGACCGAGAUGUCCUCCUGUUGGUAAGGAAGCGAGCCCCGGCUCCCCUGCCCAGGAUGGCUGAAGUCUCUGCAGAGGAGAAGAAGAGGCAGGAGCAGAAGGCUCCGGACAAGGAGGCCAUACUCCAGGCAACAGCCGGCCUGCCGGCCUGCAGCACAGACCGGGCUGCGGUACAGACCACCACGAGAGACUUCCAGACGGAGCUCCGGAAAAUCCUGGUAUCUCUCAUCGAAGUGGCACAGAAGCUGUUAGCCCUGAACCCUGACGCAGUUGAAUUGUUUAAGAAGGCGAACGCUAUGUUGGACGAAGACGAGGACGAGCGGGUGGAUGAGGCCGCCCUGCGGCAGCUCACGGAGAUGGGCUUUCCGGAGAGCAGGGCCUGCAAGGCCCUCCGGCUGAACCACAUGUCAGUGCCGCAGGCCAUGGAGUGGCUGAUUGAGCACGCGGAAGACCCGGCCAUUGACACGCCUCUUCCAGGACAGUCCGCGCAAGCCGCCGUGGCAGGUGCUUCGGCUGCCACCUCCGAGGCUGUGGUGGCCGCUGCUGAGGGAGACGAGGAGCAGGACGAGCUCACAGAGAUCUUCAAGAAGAUCCGCAGGAAAAGGGAGUUCCGGGCCGACUCGAGGGCUGUCAUUUCCCUGAUGGAGAUGGGCUUCGACGAGAAGGAGGUGCUCGACGCCCUCAGAGUGAACAACAACCAGCAGAAUGCCGCCUGCGAGUGGCUGCUGGGGGAUCGGAAACCGUCCCCCGAGGAGCUGGACCAAGGCAUCGACCCUGACAGCCCUCUCUUCCAGGCCAUCCUGGACAACCCAGCGGUGCAGCUGGGUCUGACCAACCCUAAGACGCUGCUAGCCUUUGAAGACAUGCUGGAGAACCCGCUGAACAGCACGCAGUGGAUGAACGACCCAGAGACAGGCCCGGUCAUGCUGCAGAUCUCCCGCAUCUUCCAGACGCUGAACCGCACAUAGGUGGUGCUGUCCUGCUCUGCUGUCGGGCAGCAGCCUCCCUGGGCGAGGGCAAAGGCGACCUUGCCCAGAAGCCGCCUCCAGCUCCUUGGCAUGGGUCACCAGCACCACAGCUGCUGUCCCUCCCUGACCUUACUGCUCAUAAACUCGUAGGACAGUAAGGCCUCACUCCCAGCUUCCGACACGUGUUCCUGGAAGGGCUGUCUCCCAGGGCAGUGACCGGCGCCCUCUCCAGGUGCUCCGUGGGCCCUGAAGUGCUACUAGAAGUGCCUGAGAGGCCUCGGCGGAGCCUGCUUUUUCCUGGCAGGAGGUGCAACCAAGCCAGUGUUAGGUCCAGCGUGCUCCCGUGCCCAGAGCUUGGGUGGCUUCCGUAAUAAACCCACCCUUUCCUACUUUC